AGUUGUGACAAGACACUUUCUCUCUGUGCUGCAACUAAGUUUGUGUUACAUUGUUGGAAUCGUGCGAAGAUGGCUGCCACGGGUGAAUUUUAAAAGAGGGGGGUUAAUUUGUGCUGAAUUUGUGAUUGAUCUCAAGCAGCGUUUCGUCGCGGCGGCGGAAUUAUUUCCUAAAAAACACAGAUCUGCAGAUGGGUCAAGGGUUGUGGAGGGUUGCCAGAAACCAACAGCUCCAGCAGGACUACAGCGACCAGUGCUACCUCGGGCGGGAGCGGGAGCGGGGCCGCAGGAUGGGGCCCCUGCUGGCGGAUCCGCUGCACCAGCGCCGGACGCCUCAGUGUCAGGUCCCGGGGGCAGACCUCAGUCACCUGCUGCGAGUCCGCAAGACCAAAGAGGAACAGGGCUUCAUCGACCUGGAGAUGCUUCCUCCCGAGCUGAGCAUCACCAUCCUGUCCUACCUGAACGCUACAGACCUGUGUCUGGCCUCCUGCGUGUGGCAGGACCUGGGAAAUGAUGAGUACCUCUGGCAGGGGUUGUGUAAGUCCACUUGGGGUCACUGUUCCAUCUAUAAUAGGAGGCUUCCCCCUGGGUUUUCCUACAGAAAACUCUACAUGCAACUAGAUGAAGGCAGUCUGACCUUUAAUGCUAACCCACAGGAGGGUAUUUGUUACUUCAUGUCGAAAGGCAUUCUGGUGGAUCACCCCAAGGAAAUUGCCAAGUUCAUAUUCUACACUCGGACGCUGAACUGGAAGAUGCUGAGACUUUACCUCGACGAACGGCGGGAUGUCUUGGAUGAGUUGGUCACCUUGCAUAAUUUCAGCAAUCAGUUCCUCCCCAACGCCCUGAGAGAAUUCUUCAGACACAUCCACGCCCCAGAAGAACGGGGCGAGUAUCUGGAGACCCUCAUCACGAAGUUCUCGCACCGUUUCUGCGCCUGUAACCCCUCUCUGGUCAGGGAGGUCGGCCUCACGCCAGAUGCCGUGUACGUGCUGUGCUACUCCCUCAUACUUCUCUCCAUCGACCUGACCAGCCCACACGUGAAGAAUAAAAUGUCCAAGAGAGAGUUUAUCCGGAACACCCGAAGGGCCGCUCAGAACAUCAGCGAGGAUUUCGUGGGUCAUCUCUACGACAACAUCUAUUUAAUCGGCCACGUCGCAGCCUAAGACGCGAGGGACUGGUCUAGCGUUAGCUGCUAAGCUAAUAAAAUUAUCCGCGAAAGCACUGAGAAAGAUUCGGU